AUGUUGAACACUGAGGAAAGCACCGACUUUGCAAGUGAGUCAUUUUCUCAAGUGAGCGAAAAUGAAAACACGUACCCAUUAGUCAAAGGUGAUGACAUCAACGCCGAUGAUCUUGAGGUCGACGAGAUCGCAGUCGACGAUUUUGAUGGCCAGGAGAACGCAGUUGUACAGUCCAUACAUUGCAGUGUUAUUUAUGACAAGAAAUCUCUUAUUAUUGAAUCAACGGCUAUCUGGCUCCAUUGUUAUGAAGGAAUUGACAUUAUUGUGCCAAGGCCUGGAAUGAAGUUCAAAGACGAAAAUGAAAUUUUUAAAUUUUACAAGAAGUAUGCAUACCAAGUCGGGUUUCCUGUCAGAAAAAGAAAUUCAAGGAAGGGUGAAGACGGGAUAGUAGGAUAUGUAUGCUUCACAUGUGGUCGAGAAGGACGACAAACCACUGCUACAAGUUCUUCUUUAAAUCCUCAGCCAACAAUCCAAACUGGAUGUAAAGCGAGGGUGACAGCAUGUUCGGAGAUAGGUGGAACAUGGCGUAUUAACACUGUCUAUCUCGAGCACAAUCACAGAACAAGCCCAUCCAAAUCGAGGUUAUAUCGAUGUAAUCGCGAAAUUAGUGCUUGCAUCAGAAGACAGCUUGAAAUAAAUGACAUUGCAGGAAUUUCAUUGCACAAAAGUUUUAACUCCGCCGUAGUUGAAGCCGGUGGAUAUGACAAGAUGGUGUGUGUUGAAAAAGAUUGUAGAAAUUUUAUCGACAAAGUGCGACGGUUAAGGCUUGGUGAGGGAGACACCACUGCAAUUCAAGCCUUUUUCUCAAGAAUGCAAACAAGUACUCCUGGCUUCUAUUUUAGUAUAGAUUUGGAUGAAGAUUGUCCGUUGAGGAAUGUGUUUUGGGCGGAUAACAAAUGCAAAGAAGUCUAUAAGGAAUUUGGUGACGUGAUCACUUUUGACACCACAUACUUGACCAACAAGUACGAUAUGCCCUUCGCUCCAUUUGUUGGAGUUAAUCAUCACAACCAAUCAACACUUCUUGGAUGCAGCCUAAUUUUGAAUGAAGAUACUUGGACUUUUGUAUGGUUGUUUAAGACAUGGUUGGAAUGCAUGCACGGUCAAGCUCCAAGUGGAAUUAUAACGGAUCAAGAUCGGGUUAUGGAAAAUGUAAUUGAGAUCGUCUUCCCAAACACGAGACACAGAUUGUGUUUGUGGCAUAUUUUAAAGAAGUUGCCAGAAAAGUUCGGCAACCAUAGGUACAAAAAUUCUAUUCUUUCUAGUGUACAUGGGUUGGUGUAUGAUACACAAAGUCCUCCAGAGUUUGAGGAAAAAUGGCAUACGAUACUUGUACGUUAUGAACUCGAGGGCAUAAAUGCCUUUUUUGAUGGAUAUGUUCAUUCAAAAACUUCCCUGAAACAAUUUGUAGAACAAUAUGAGCAGGCAUUGAGAAGUAAAGUUGAAAAAGAGUUUCAAGCUGAUUUCAAAUCAUUUUCACAGAUGGUCCCUUGUGCAAUAAGGUAUGAUAUGGAGAAACAGUUUCAAUCAGUGUACACGAUCUCUAAGUUCAAAGAGUUCCAGCAAGAGUUUACGGAGAAGGUGUAUUGUGAGAUCUUAUCUGUGACGGACUCAUAUUUAAUUCCACUUACGAGAGGAAUUAUUUGCAAGCAUGCAAUCUCAGUUUUAAUCCGUAACGAUGUGGUGUUAAUUCCAGAGAGAUAUAUAUUGAAGAGGUGGAGACAAGAUGUGAACCGACCUUACAUGAGGGUUCCCAUCAAAUAUGAUGGUUUUGUCAGUAGUGUCGAGAGAAUUAUGGAUUUGAUCAUGUUAGAAACAACAGAAGCAUCUCAGUCGAAGUGUAUUAAUGUGGGCUCUCAAUGUGCUGACUCAGUAGCAUGUGCUAGCAGAAGCAUAUUGGAUCCGAAGUACACGAAACACAAAGGUGCCCCUAGAAAACUUCGUAGAAAGGGCCAUCUAGAAACUAGUUCAAGUAAAUCUAAAAGUUCUCGAAAGGUGCCCAUGCAUAAAAGGCAGAACAAAUUGGUUUCAUCCACGUUCACUACUAAAGAUGUUGGGACACGGGAUAGCUUUGAAGUGUUGUGA